AUGAGUUCGUUCGGGGCGAAGCGCAAAGCCAAGGUGAUCAAGGUCGAUGAAGAGGAGGGCUCGAGCGGCGGCUCCUCUGCGGGGGUCGAGGCGCAUGGAGCCAAGGAGGAGCCUACCAAGCCGCCCCUGCUCGGCUCCAAAGCAGGGAGAAAGCCUUUCCGGCAGUCAGGCUUGCGCAAGACAUUCAGCGUCGCAGGCGGAGACGACCCCGGCGCGGCGGGCAGCCGACCGGACGGGGAGGAAGACAGCGACGGGCCGGUUGUUGUCCGACCGAGCGUGAAUCGCCACGGCUCCGCGAAACAGAAGCCAAAGGGCGCAAAGCCGCGCCUGUCGUUCGGUGGCGAUCCCGAGAACGGCAAUGGCAACUCUGAAGAGUCGACGGCGUCUCGGACACUCGGUCUCGGCAAGAGGGCCCUCGAGAACAGCGCGGCCAGGCGAGGCAUUGCUCUGCGCACGCUGCCAGCUAGGUCGGCAGAGGGAGACGACCGAGACGAUCGACCGAGGUACAGCAAGGAGUAUCUGGAAGAGCUCCAAUCUUCAACGCCGAGCACGCCUCGGGAUGUCUCGACACUCCACGCCAGCGACGGUGACGAGAUGGAACUGGACCCGUCGGAGCUGGAAGGCGCCCUGGUGGUGGAACUCCCGCGGGCGCCGGGUCCGGGCCAGCAAACGCAAAUACUCUCAGAGGCCGAGAUACGAGAAAGGAAAGAGCGCCGAGCUCGGCUGGCCGAGGAGCACGACUUCUUGUCGGUGGGAAAUGACGACGCGGAUGGUUUCCGUGGCAAAAAGGACGACAAGGGCCGGCUGAUCGCUGAAGACGAGGAUCUGGGCGAGGGUUUCGACGACUACGUAGAGGACGGAGGGCUCUCGCUGGGCAAACGGGCCGAGAGAGAGCGUCGCAAGCGGGAGCGAAAGAAGAUGGCGGAGCUCAUCACUGCCGCCGAGGGACACGACUCGGAUGACUCGUCGGAUAGCGACGCCGAGAGGCGCAUAGCUUACGAGGCGUCGCAGAGCAAGGCCGGCCUGGAUGGUCUAAAGAAGCCUCAGAUAGAUGCCUCGGAGGAGCGACUCCAGGUCCCAUCGAAGAUCACGCCUCUCCCCGACUUGGGUGCGUGUCUGACGAGACUACGGGCUACGCUCCAAGGCAUGGAGAGCGAACUAAAGGCUAAAAGCGCCGGCCUGGAGCAGCUGCGCAAGGAAAGGCAAGAUGUGGAUAAGCGGAAAGCAGAGGUGCAGGCUCUUCUGGACGAGACCGGGAAGAAGUACCAAGAGGCCAUGAUGCGAGGAAAGAUGGACCCCAAUGCGGCGAGCCAACAAGGGCCUGGGAUUGAUAUACUUGGUGAUCGAGGGCUGGAUAGCCUCGGGACUACGCCCAGCACGUUGGAACCAGUCGGGACAGAUGUGUUAUAG